AUGGUGAAAGCUUUCCGUUCUUACAAAGACAGAUACAAUAUUCAACAACCAGAAGACAACUUCAAGUUAGUUCUCAUUGCUAACAGGAAUAAAGAUGCUAGAACACAUAACAUGCCAACAUCAGCAGAAGUUGCAGCAUUGAUUCCGGGAGAUUUUCAAGAAGGAAUGGAUUUACGAGAUAUUGUAUUAGAGACUACACACGGAAACCUCAGAAGAAUUAGUGAACUCUAUGUGGGUUAUCUAGCUCUUCAGUAUCCAUUAUUAUUUCCAUAUGGUGAGGAUGGAUUCACCGUUGGAAUUGAAGACGGUUUUGAUGACGUCAACAAACGGAAACGGAAAACUAUAAGCAUGCGAGAAUUCUAUGCUUAUAGGAUUCAAGAUAGGUUAAUGGAAUCUCAGUCUGUAAUUCGGUCUAAACGAUUGUAUCAACAGUUUCUGGUUGAUGUGUUUACUAUGAUAGAGUCUAGCCGACUUCGAUAUUUCAGGAAAAAUCAGAAGAAGCUUCGUUCAGACAAGUAUGUGAAUCUGGUUGAGGCUGAAAAGGAAGGAAACUCUGAUUUAUCCAACAGAGGUAAGAGAAUUUUGAUACCUGCAUCAUUUACCGGUGGUUCACGCUAUAUGAACAAUAACUAUUUGGAUGCAAUGGCAAUCUGUAAGCACUUUGGAUUUCCUGAUCUUUUUAUAACUUUCACCUGCAAUCCAAACUGGCCUGAGAUAAUUAGAUAUACAAAGAAGCGAAAGUUGAAUCCUGAAGAUAGACCAGAUAUCUUCUGUAGGAUAUUCAAAAUUAAGCUAGACAGCCUCAUGAGUGAUCUCACUGAAAAGAACAUUUUUGGAAAAAGUGUUUGUGGUAUGUAUACUAUUGAAUUCCAAAAAAGAGGAUUUCCACAUGCACAUAUUCUACUAUGGAUGGCUGAAAAAAACAAAUUGUCUACUGCUGAAUCUAUUGAUAAGGUUAUUUCUGCUGAGAUUCCUGACAAAGAUACUGAUCCUUCUUUGUAUGAAGUAGUGAAGCAAAACAUGAUACAUGGACCUUGCGGAGUGAUUAACAAAAGUAGUCCAUGUAUGGUCAAUGGGAAGUGUUCUAAGCUAUUUCUAAAGAAAUAUUGUGAAAGAACUACCAUUGACAACAGAGGCUUUCCACAUUAUAUGAGAAGGAAGACUGGCGCAUUUGUUGAGAAGAAUGGUCUAAAAAUUGACAACAGUUUUGUUGUGCCUUAUAAUAGAGAGCUAUCAUUGCGAUAUAGAGCUCACAUCAAUGUGGAAUGGUGUACUCAGGCAAGGUCAAUCAAAUACCUGUUCAAAUAUAUCAACAAAGGACCUGAUCGUGUUCUAGCUACAAUUGAAAAUGAUUUAAAUCAAGGCGCAGAUUCUGAUGCAUGCGCCAAUGUAGAUGAAAACGGCGAGGAUAAUACAGAUGAAAUUAAGGAGUUCUUCGAUUGCAGGUAG